UAAGGGUUAAGUAAAAACGACUCAGGAAUGUGCAUUGAAAAAGUUGCCAUCUUGGUCAAAACGCGGUAGGAAAGUUUGAUAACGUAAAAUUAAGAGUGUCAACGAAAGGUAGGGAAAUCGCGUUUCAUCGAUUCAAUUGAUCGUAUCGACUUCUUGUUAAUUCAUAAUUCAAAGGAAAGCAUGUCGGCCACUAUGGUUACUGCGGUUACUGCACCGUGAUGGUGGGAGGGAUACAUAGUAGAGUUCAAACUUUCACGAGGGAGAGACGCCACGACUACCACUAGUGAGAUCUUUGGUUCUAUCGACAGACUGCACGUAACCGGGAAGAAAGUCAGUUGUAAGAAUUGCUGUAUGAUUGAGCGCAAGACUGAACCCUACGAAAGUUUGGACGAUAUGUCACCCAUACCCACUGUUCACAUUGGGUAUGACGAAAUGGACAAGGGAGCAAUGUCCAACAACAUGGGCAUCGGUUCAAUGCUUCUACGCUGGAGAUGUUCCGUCUACAAAGUCGUUUACAGGGAAUUUAUAAUUUUCCUAAUUUUAUUCGGAAUAAUUAGUGCUGUUUAUCGCAACGGACUAGAUGACGAUCAAAAAGGAUCGUUUCGUGACUCGCAGAAAUUUUUUGAAAAUUAUACAAAAUUGAUUUCGUUACCGUUUUUACUCGGUUUCUACGUCACAAUCGUAGCCGGACGAUGGUGGCAACAAUACAUGACGAUCCCUUGGCCGGACAAGUUGAUGCUGACAAUUCAGAUGUACUUACCGGGUUCCGACGAACGUUCGAGAGCAAUCAGGCGAUUACUAGUCCGAAGAGCGUUAUUGAUGAUGACCCUGUUGCUUCGUUCGAUUUCACGGUCCGUCCGUCGUCGUUUCCCGACGCUUCAAGACUUGGUGAAAAAUGGAAUUAUGACUCGAACGGAGAAGCAGUGCUACGAAUCGAUCUCGCCAGUCGUCAAUUUGUUUUGGGUACCCGCAACAUGGUUCACAUCGGCUCUGAAUGAGGCCGUUAGCGACGGACUUCUGACGGAUCCGGCAGGCAAUAAACUCAUAAUGGAGGAAUUUUUAGAAUUCCGUGCCAACUGCGGAGCUCUGUGGAGCUACAACUGGGUAUCGAUCCCCAUGGUCUACACACAAGUCUGUACUCUGGCGACGUACUCGUAUUUCAUCGCUUGUCUCGUGGCACGGCAGUACACUGGGCCCAGCACAGCGAUAGGAGCUAUCGACAUCUACUUUCCUAUCGGAACGGUUCUCGAACUCGUUUUCUACGUCGGUCUUUUGAAAGUGGCUGAGCAAAUGAAAAAUCCAUUCGGAGAUGAUGACGAAGAUUUCGAUCUUAAUUUCCUCCUGACUCGUCAUUUGAAAACUGUUCACCUGGGACUAGAUUACUUGUAUGAUUUAGUCCCCCCGCUGAAAGACGAUCACCACCCAUCAGACAUGCGUCUAAACCACAAAGACGUUAGCCAUCGCCAGCAGACAAGAGGAUCAACUACCCAAACGAACCAUCCCGCCAGAUUUAAAACGGUUUCAUCAAAAAUCUAACGGCGCAAACCCUAGACGAAUUUCAAUUUUAACUGAAUUGCACAUUUUAUAAACCUCAACCACCACACCAAUGUUACGAUUCCAAAUCACAUGCAUCAGUAAAAUUUACACGAAAACUGCUACACAUUUCCUGACAAUCGCAGUUGCACAACGACUUGGCAUCUGGUCGGGAAAUGUCAUCAGAGGUUGUAGUCAGGCGUGUUAUGUUGGCAUUAAAGUGGCCUUGUUCUAUUAUUCUAUACAUAAAUGUUUAAUGUUGACUUGCACUAAGCAUAAGCGCUCUCCACGGAAAAAUACAAAACUGUUUUACGAA